AUGAUGCUUAUAUCAUUGAACGUUAUCGCUGACUGGAUUUGCUCGUGCAGUGGUGAGAAAGCAAAGACAAGUGAGUGGCCAACGCUGGUGGAGGUAAAGGGUAGAGUGAGACUCAGUGCGUUUGGGAAGUUUGUAAAAGAGCUUCCUUUGUCUCGAAGCCGUGUCUUAAUGGUAAUGAACGUGGUUUGUAAGGAUGGUAUCUCUCAGAGCCAACGUGACAGCCUUUCUGAGGUUGCUAAGUCGUACGUUGCUGACCAAAGAGUUGGCUACGCAGAGCCUACUUCAGGGGUAGAGCUUUACCUCUGCCCGCCACGUGGCGAAACCUUAGAUUUGCUGGGCAAGAUCAUCUCCAAGGACCAUCUCGAUGAGGUCAAGUGUUCAGACAACAUCGGUUUGAUCGGCGUCGUUGUGUGGAGGCGUGCAGUCGCGUCUCCUGGCUCACGCCAUAAGCCCGGAUUCAAACGUCAGCACUCUUCUUCAGGGACCAAGAGCUCUGUGUUGGCUCCAGAAAACAAAAAGACUAGUAGUAGUCGUAAUGUGAAGAAUCCGCCUCCUGUUGUUACUCUUGCAUCCAUGGGGAGUCAUGGUUUGCAUAGUCGUGAAGAUGUUGACGAUGAAGACGUGCCACCUGGAUUUGGCCCAGAAGCUGCGAAAGACGACGAUGAUUUACCGGAAUUUAACUUCAGUUCCUCCACUGCACCGGUUACUUCUUCACCCAGGCCAGCGACUCAGUCACGGUCAAUGGAUCAAGUAAGGGAGCUCAUACUCAAGUAUGGAAACUCAGAAGGUAGUGGCAGUAAACGACCAUGGGAUGAUCAUGAUGACGACGACGACGACAUUCCUGAAUGGCGACCGGAAGUCUCAGGCCACCAGGUCCAGAUUCAACCGCCACCGCCUCCUGGCUUCAGAACAGAGUCUGUUCCUCAAUACCAUAGCAGAACCGUGGCCGGAGCACCCGCACAACGACCAGUCGCGGGACCACCAGAUGGGUGGAGGGCCAAUCAAAAGGCAACUAGGCAACAACAGUACAGUGCACGUAGGAACAAAGGAUUUUGA